AGUCGCGGCUCGAACGCCGUCCCAUACGAACGUGUGCCGUUCUCGUAUCAGACUCUCUCGUCCUCCUCCUCGUCGUCGUCGUCGUCGUCGGUGGCGCGAAUGACAUUUCACUCGGUGCUGUCCGUAGAAGCGUAACAAAAAACAAAAGAGGACGCGCGAUUCGCGAUUCAGAUCAACUCUAGAAGAGUUUUGCACGACCGAGAACGACCGGCAAAAGACAGAUCGAUCGAAAUUUUUAAAUAGCAUCUUGAAGGGCUCGAGAAACACAUGUUCUCCGAUGGCCAGAGACGAACAAAAUCUUCACGCUUCCACCAGUGUGUUACGAUUUUAUCAGAGAGAUGAUUGACAGCGGUGAUCAGACUCUGUGAUCGAUAAACUUGAUGUAUAGUGCUCGGAAAUAGUGGUACGUGAUAUUCCGUGACAGAGACGACGACACGGGUGCGUUGAUCGGACGAAUGGGACGAGACCGUAGAUCGCUCUAUUUACUCCGAGUUUUUCUACGGACAAUACACUUACCGUAAUCAGUAAUCGCGGACAUGUGUGUGAUUUUCCGCUAGUCUAGUCAGAAAAGCACGUGCGGGUUUUUAAUUGUAUUUAAGAUUUCACGCAUAUAUACCAAAUAGCACUUAGAGAGCAAGAUCGUAGCGAUUGUGUAACUUGGUUUCGGUGUAGAGAUAAGAAAAAAAAUAAAAAUAAAAUAAAGAUGAUCACCCACGUUUAAUCAUUAGCGGAAGUUUAGGAAUUAAGAGAAAUAUAAUAGCACCUCCUACAUUAUAUACAUAUAUAUAUAUAUAUAUAUAUAUACAUUCAACACCGAAUAGUUCACGCGCGAAAAUUAUAUUCAACAACGUCUGUGAUUUCGAUCGUGAAUUUUAUGUAAUUGUUACGCGAUAUUGUCGAUAUUUAAACGCACACAAACACACACACACACACGGUGCUUCGGAUGAUCCGAAAGAGACGAGAAAACAUUGACAUUUGAUCUUAAGAGAAACGAACGUCGAAAUUUUUAAAUUGCAUUCGACUCUCGACUCGUUUUUCGAAAAGCGCGGAUGUUGACAACAUGACUUUGUGAAAAUUCGACAGCGAUAUGUUACGAAUGGCGGCGACUUCCGAGGCCCAGGAGAAUUAUUGAGGCCCCAGAAGGGAAUGGAUUUUCAGAGCGCAAUGGACACUUUCGUAGAGGCAUGGAUGGCUGCUAACACAAAAACGGAUCAAGUACAGAGUCAAGCGUUGGCGUUGACACACAAGGCCUCGCCACCAUCAAGACCGAGCAGCGUGUCCUCACUGCCGAGGAGUCCUCAGUCCCAGCAGUCUCAGCCGCAGAACACACCACAGCCCCCUUCGGUGCACCCGCUACAGUCGCAGACACCUCUCAGCGCACCCCAGACACCGUUUUCCGCGCACAAUCAGCAUCCGAAGCAAGAAAUCAGCGCCAGUCCGAAGCAGGAGGGCUUUGAUCUCAGCAAAUCCGCCUCCAGCACAGCGAAAAAUCUGCCGGUGCAUUGUGUGGUGGAGACGAUUCACAAUAUCGUGGAAAGUCAUGUGAGCCACAGCCGCGAAAAAUGGCGAAGUCCCCAAGUGGAAACGGACUCUUACGUUAUCAUUCCGGUAGCUAUGCCUUUUCAGGAUUUGGUAGGCGAAGCGCUCGUUCGCUUGGGAUAUUCGAGCGAUCUGAUACCGAGCGCCAGAGGAAGCAUCGUUAUACGGAACUGGAAGCCCUUGCCGAUGGAAAAGGUCGCUGACGGACCGCUGCUGACGGUGGGUGACAUUCUGGCCGAAUUGACGUCGGUGGCAACCCUGAAAAUUCAGGUGUACAGAUCCAGACCGCCACCUCCCAGUCCGGCCGCGGAAGUCAGAAAUAAAUUGCUGAGGUUGCUGCUGUUGCACAGCCACACGCUUCUCGUCUCCGCCGGAUGUCCGUUGGACGAGAUGACCCUGUUGUCCCUCUGCAGAGGCGGCAACGAUCUGUCAGAGGAGACAAAGCGGAACUUCGAGACGUGGUUGCAGCAGCAGCAGAUUGGACUCGGUAUGAAUCCGAUCGCCCCGACUUCCAACCAUCACACGCAGAGUCCGCAACCGGACAGCGGGGGCGCGAUCGCGCCCGGUGGCGGCCCGAUCGGUCCGCCGCAUCCGGCGCUUCUCCAAUAUUCGCACAAGACCAGGAUGAGGACCAGCUUCGAUUCGGAACUCGAACUGCCGCGUUUGCAACGCUGGUUCGCCGAGAAUCAGCACCCGUCGCGCGAACAGAUACAGCACUACGUCGCGGAAUUGAACUCUCUGGAGUCGCGCCGGGGCAGAAAACCGCUUGACGCGAACAACGUCGUGUACUGGUUCAAGAACGCGCGAGCGGCGCAAAAACGCGCGAGCAUGAACGGCUGCAGCCCGCCCGGACUCAGUCCGAGAGGCGCCAGCAUCGUCAGCGAGGAUUGCACGGACGAGGAGGAGGACACCAGGCAGCAGUCAACCUCGGGGUCACCGUGCCCGCCGAACAGUCCACCUGUCGGUCCCCUGUCUCUGACCACCAGACCCGAGGAUCAGCAGCAGCCGCAGCAGCCGCCGACGUCGACGCCCUCCUCGGUGAAGCAAGAGGACGCGAGAGUGUCCUCCGGUUCCGAGGACGACGAGACGCGGCACACGGGCCCCAUCCCGCCGGGAUUCUCCCUGGUGCCCAGCCCGAUGUUCGGCCACGGUAUAAUGUACAUGUCGCAUUACCUGCCGCCGCGCGGACCAACCGGCUGUCCGACGAGCAUGUUGGCCGACGAGAGAAGGAAGAGAAACCGGACGUUUAUCGAUCCCGUGACGGAAGUGCCGAGACUGGAGUAUUGGUUCAAGCGUAGCACUCAUCCGAGCCACGCGCUCAUUCUCUCGUACACGGAGGAGCUGAACAAGAUGCCGUAUCGUCAGAAAUUUCCGCGUCUGGAGCCGAAGAACGUGCAAUUCUGGUUCAAGAACCGACGGGCCAAGAACAAGCGACUGAAGAUGGCUUUGUUCGAGGGCGAGUCGCCGCAACCGCAUCCAUAUCACGCGGACUAGUUAAUUUCCGAGUAAAAUAACGUUAACUAGGACAAAAAAAAAAAAAAAAAA